AUGGCGAACCGAAACCUCAAGCAGGUGAACAUUCAGAACAGCGCACCGUCCCCGAACCCGAAGCGUAACCCGGACUCUCCGUCCGCGGGGAAGAUGGAGGCGGCGGCGGCGCCAUCACCUAAAGUCUCGAGUCCUCCUCCGCCAGAAGCCGAAGUCAGCAGCGAGUCACGAGAAAUGACCCUGGACCUGAAAAGCUUCAGGAGACCGGGGGAGAAAACGUUCACGCAGAGGUGCCGGCUGUUCGUCGGUAACCUCCCGACGGAUAUCACGGAGGAGGACUUCAGAAAGCUCUUCGCCAAAUAUGGCGAGGCUAACGAGGUGUUCAUCAACCGGGACAGAGGAUUCGGGUUUAUUCGACUGGAAACCAGAACGUUGGCAGAGAUUGCCAAGGCUGAGUUGGAUGGCACAGUGCUGAGAAACAGGCCAAUUCGUGUUCGUUUUGCCACACAUGGAGCAGCCCUCACAGUCCGAAACCUCUCACCAGUUGUUACCAAUGAGCUUCUAGAGCAAGCUUUUGCACAGUUUGGGCCAGUUGAACGGGCAGUUGUGGUUGUAGAUGACCGUGGUAGACCAUCAGGCAAGGGAAUUGUGGAGUUUUCCAAUAAACCUGCUGCAAGAAAGGCGCUUGACCGUUGUGCAGAAGGAGCCCUUCUACUCACAACGUCCCCUCGUCCAGCUGUUGUUGAACCAACAGAGCAGUUUGAUGAUGAAGAUGGCCUUCCAGAAAAAUUGCUGCAAAAAUCAGCUCAAUAUUACAAGGAAAGGGAACAGCCCCCACGCUUUGCUCAGCCAGGCACCUUUGAAUUUGAGUACUCCUCUCGUUGGAAGGCUCUUGAUGAAAUGGAGAAACAGCAGAGGGAGCAGGUCAACCGGAACAUCCAAGAGGCCAAAGAGAAACUGGAGGCUGAGAUGGAGACCGCAAAACAUGAGCACCAACUCAUGAUGAUGAGACAAGAUCUCAUGAGACGUCAAGAGGAGUUGCGCCGCCUGGAGGAGCUGAGGAACCGAGAACUGCAGAAGCGCAAGCAGAUAGAGAUGAGACAUGAAGAAGAGAGGCGGAGGCGUGAGGAAGAAAUGAUGCGACACAGAGACCAGGAUGACAUGAGGCGUCAGCCUGAGAGUUUCAAGCCUGGCUUUAUGGAGGGCAGAGAACAGGAUAUGAGAGUGAGUGAAAUGGGUGCCCGUGGAGCCAUUAAUAUGGGAGAUUCAUUUAAUCCUGCUGCUGCUGUUAGUGGUAACCAGGGCCCUUCUCAAAUGAUGGGCAUGGGCAUGUCAGGCCGGGGUGGAGCCAUGGGGCCUGAGGGAUCAUCAAAUAUGGGGACACCCCUCAUACCUGAUAACGGAGCUAUGCGUAAUGAGAGGUUUUCUCAGGGAGGACCUCCUCAGAUGGGUUCUCCCAUAGGUGGUCGACCUGGUGUUGACUCUCCUCAGCAGCAACAGUCACCUGUGGUUGGUGGCGCGGGACCUGUUCCCGGUAUGGGUGGUCCAGGUGGCUUUGGGCGAGGAACCCCUGUUGGGGGCAACUUUGAUGGGCCUAACAACAAACGUCGUAGAUACUAAGCUUUUAUUUUCUUUCAUGAUUGUGUAUAACAGUUUUUGACCCAGAGUAUCCCACAUCUUGCUUAGUGAUACCAGCUUAUACACUCUCACUCAUGUUCUCAGUCGCACUGCUUCCUGACCAGCGGCACCUUUCGACCUGUGACCCACAACCUUGACACACAGCAUGAGCCAGGAUUAGUGAUAAUGUGAAUCCAUUAAUCUGAUUUGAAAUUGCCUUAAUUGUGGUAGCAUAAGUGAGAGGUGUCAGGUUCUCACAGUGCACAGGUGCAGUGCUUUCCCUUUUCUUCAAAUACCUGAUUCUUUUUGAACGGCUUGACUAAUUAGUUGAUCGGUUGUGAAAGUGAUGUGAUGAAGCUGGGGAAGUACUGCACUGCAGAACUAGAAUGUGACACCUCUUCUAUAGAUCAUCUGUUGCUUAUGGAGCAUCUCUUUGUUGAGCUGCAACACCAUGUCAUUUGUUGCCCUAUUAAAAUUUACCUGAUUAUGUGGGACUAUAUGGCCUGUAAAUUGGCACUGCAAGCUAUCGCUCAUUCUAAUGCCUCUUAUGCAUUUGACCUUGCAGUUUUGCCUUGCCACAUCCUAUUCAUUGCAAUAGAGAGCUCUGCCUCAUUGAUGCAUAUUGGAAAACAUCACUGCACAGCAGAAAAGUUUUAUUUAUUUAAUUUAGUGCAGCAAUCGCAUUGCAUUUAGCAAAUCGGGCAAAGGUAGACAGGCCUUCAUCUCAAAUGGUAAAUACAAAGGGUAGAGAGAGGGGACAGCAGCUCUCUUUCUCUUCUUUGAGUCCACAAUGGUAUAACAAUGAAAAUAUACAGUUUUGCAACUAUUGACAAUUAAGAUUUGAAAGAACGUUUUAUCAUUUAAAACCGAAAUGUUAUGAAGAUUUGAGAUUACUUACUAUGUUAGUUAGUUUGCUUGUGAGACUCAGCAAGCUUACUGUCAAAUUAGUUUGAAUAACGAAGGGAAAAAAGACACAGAAAUGCCCUCCGGCUGAGGGAUCCAACACAGCGAAAUGCAUUAAUAAAAAUUGCAAGUGUUUGCAUACUGUUGUGGUCAUCGGGUUGGAAGGAUUUCUUAACCCACCCCUCUGACCUACCUGUUGAACUAUAGGGGAAAUGUAGACAGUGGUUGGGAUUUAUCAAUAACUAAUGCUUGGGUAAAUACCUGUGGUCCAUUCUGAACUUUUGUAUUAGAAAACAUUUAGUAUUUGAAAAGAUGUGUAAAAUAAACUCUGCCAAAAACAUACCUUUUCUCAAGCUACCCGUGGUGGUUAUUUGGGCACAAUGUUAGGACUCCUUUAUGUUCAUUUAGCUGAAUAGGUCAGUUGGUGAUGGUGUCUCAAUGAGCAUUAAACAGUGAAGUUUCUCACGAAUUUAGGUUUUGUGUUCAUUACAGGCAGAUAUUUUUACUUUUGUGUUGUUUAUAGGCAAACCCCAAGUAAUCAGGUAAAUGUUUAUGGUACGCAGAGACAGUGUUGCAAAUCAGCAAGAAUGCACCAUUUUUAACAAUACCAUUUGCACAACACUUGCAGUUACUAUGGUUAUGUGUUUCAUACUUUUUUUAUUAUUCUUUUACAUGUCUUGUGUUUGAAAUGGGUAGUGAAAUGAAUAGUGAUUGUGUAUGUCAUGUAGUACGUGCAUGCCUGCUAGCAGUCAUUUUUGUUCCAGUGAAUGUUUUGAAUGUGCUGAGUUGUUCUGCUUUCUCCUAAUGGCAGAUCUUUGAAUAAAAAUCCUUAUGAAUUUA